ACAACGUGGCACCGACAAUACAAUCCGUGUCGGCCACGCAACGGUCCCCAAGCAAGCCAGCCGCAACACUUGUCGUGUCCUUUCUUUCUCCCUCCCGAAAAAUUAACAAAUCAGACAAAAAUACCAAAAAAAGAAAUAUGAAAAUACGAAGCAUUCAAAAAAGCCUAAAACUUGAAGCCUCCCCGGCAUCUUCUUAGCCACCUUUCUCUCCCCAUCAUCCUUUCUCGUAUUCUCCUAAUACUGCAUUCACUUCUCUUUCUUUGAUCAUUCUUUUUUCACAUUUCUCUCUCCCCAAUUUACAUUCCUCUGUAUACGAAACGCAUUUGGGUUCUCUCUCGCCGCCACGACACAAAAUGCCGCGUCGCUUAUUCGCCUGCUUCGGCAAAGGAGGUGCCUCGAACAAGUGCUCGUCCGGGGAGCGGAGCAGCGUGACGGCUGACGUGGCGGCGGAGGAGGAUCGGCGCGGCGGGGCUGUGCUGGUGGAGCUGUUCUCGUCGCAGGGUUGCGCCACGUCGCCCGCGGCGGAGAUGGUGUUGUCGAGGCUGGGGAGGGGGGACUUCGACGGCCAGGAGCUGCCGCCGGUGGUGGUGCUCGCCUUUCAUGUGGACUACUGGGACUACAUGGGCUGGAAAGACCCAUUCGGGUCGAGCCAGUGGACCGUCAGACAAAAGGCCUACGUGGAGGCCCUCAAACUCGACACCAUGUUCACGCCCCAGGUGGUGGUCCAGGGUAGAGCCCAAUGCGUUGGGAAUGAUGAGAAUGCUCUCUUGGCGGCGAUUAAGGACGCACCGAGGUUCCCUGCUCCCACGUUCCAGUUAAAUAUUCUACGUAUUGAGAGGAAUUUGAGCUCACACACGAGGGAAGAGUGUUAG